UAUUAUGGCUACCCCAAUGGUAAUAUCUAAUAUUCUUGGAAUUGACAGAGUAAACAUGAAUGGUAAAACAAUUUUAAUCAAAGAGCGACAUGGUACUAAUGCAAAUUUCUUGGUGAAUGCCAUUUUAUUACAUGCAUUGAAAAAGAUGGAUGCCGCUGUUUGCCUUGUUCUUUGUCAUAAUACUCUUGGUCAUUAUCAUAACAUUGGCAUGAAAUUUGGCUACAAUCUUCUUAAUUUGAAAGAAAAGGGCCAGAUUACUGUUGUUGAACCAAUGAAAAUUAUAGCCAGCAAUAUCACUGAUAUGUAUAAAGGUUUUACAAAUAGAACAGAAACAGUAAUUCCAGAUGUCACUUUUACAGGACAUGUAGAUUUUGCACAUAGAUUUUUUGUAUGUGUCAAAGAAAAGUAUGAUGAAGCAACAAGAUUUACUGAAUCUGUUGUCCUUAUUAUCGACGAUAUAAAUCAUCUCCUUAAUCUGGGUCUUAGUUUACGUGAUACUAUGUAUUUUAUAAGAUACUUAAGAUCGUUUAUAUCAUUAUAUCCCUUGUCGCAGCUUUGUAUUCUUGCACAUAUAUAUCAAGAAAAUCUUCAAACGCAGAAUGCACAAACUUCAAAUGCAGAUAUUAUUGCUAAUGCCUUAAAAUAUAUGACACAUCUGUGUGUUACAACACAACCAUUCAAGACAGGACAUUCUAGUGAUGCAUCCGGUAAACUAACUGUCUAUUGGAAGACAGAUUCUAUUAGAUCUAAAUAUUAUUGGUUAGAGAAAACAACACAUCUGUUUAAAUUGUUGGAUUGAAUAACUACGGUAUAUCACUAGGAGCUCCCUGCGAAAGUCUACGGGAUGAGAAACCACGAACAUAGUAGAUUUUGAAGAAAUACUCUGUACAUCACAGACUCGAAUAUCUUGAUGACGUAUUCAACAAACGUUUGCGUUCUAACGUUAUCAGAACGUAGAUGCUAUCUGGAUUGCUUUAUGCAAUUCCUAUAAAUGAAUAAAAAUGCAUACAG